CAAUAUUGUUGUACCGUGUGUGUCGCUGCUGUCGCCGAAUCUAUGUCAAGCUGUUCCAUACGAUAUUUCAUGCAUUGGCCAUUCCUUGCAUUGUUGUGGGUUUCAUCGCGGUUCUGGACUCUCAUAAUCUUAAUCCUGGAGGAGCCAUCCCCAAUUUCUACUCGCUUCACAGUUGGAUGGGUCUCGUCACAAUGGGGCUAUUUGCGCUUCAGGUAUUCAAAGUGUUUGUAGUAGGCUUCUUCAGUUUCCUGAUCUUACUGUGUUGCGAGGGAGCCACUGCAGCUUUCCGUGCUUCAUUAGUUCCAAUUCAUGCAACAUUUGGCAUAACUACGUUUAUGCUUGCUGUUGCCACCUGUCUUACAGGACUGACAGAAAAAGCCAUCUUUGGACUGGGAAAAAAAUAUAGCAGUUUGCCAGAAGAAGCAUUGAUAUUGAAUGCUCUCGCCAUGGUUCUUACUGCAGGUGCCAUUGUAGUGGCCUACAUUAUUAUGAAAGAUGACUUCAAAUAUCGAGGACAUAUUUUGAUCACAGCCCAAGGAGAUUAAUUUCAUACCUGGAAUUGGUGUGAACUGUUACUGAAGUUUUGAAAUUAUUUGUAUUGGAGAAAUUGUACAUGUUUCUUUUUUAUUUCAGAUGUAUGUUAAAAUUUAUGAGAAGUUUCUUUUGUAAUUGGUGUUUUUCUCGCCAAAAGCAUGUAAUAAAAUACUUUAUUAAGAUUUCUCACUU